GCGCGCGGGGCGUGCGAGCGGGCGCGGGGCCCGGCGCCGGGGGUAUGCGCGGGUCUGGGCGGGCAGCCCCGGCGCACAGCCGCGGCCCGGGCGCACGGCGCGGGGCGGAAAAGCCUGUUUACACAGACUGCACACCGCCUGGGGAAUAAUGCAGUAAAGGAAGUGAGCAGGCUCGGCCUGACUGCUCCAACUUCCUGCUCUCACACACACCAGAGGGGGUGGGGGGUGAGAGAAAAAAAAAAAGAGGAGCGAGAGAAAGAAAAAAAAAGAGGGGGGAAAUCAGGAUCUCAUUACAAGAGCAACAGACCGUCUGCAGACGCCUGUCAGCAUGGAAAGUCGGGGGCUUUCGCCCGGUUCCUCCUAGAAAUCUCCCCAAGAAGACUCCCAAACGCCCCCCCUCAUCUGGACUGAACCUGUGCCAGGGCUUUGAUAAAAAUUGAGGUCAAGUCUAUGUAUCUCAUCACUUCAACCCAGUAUUUCACCGACUAGAUCAAGAUACACAGCUAAGUGCGACUCUCAGUGUGCUGAGGAUGUCGGGACCCACAUCAAUGCUGCCUGGACCCUUAAAGGAGUGAAGCCAGGAAGAGAGAGGUAUGGAGAGCGCAAUCACGCUGUGGCAGUUCCUUUUGCAUUUGCUGCUGGACCAGAAACAUGAGCACCUCAUCUGCUGGACAUCUAACGAUGGCGAGUUCAAACUCCUCAAGGCAGAAGAAGUGGCCAAGCUGUGGGGCCUCCGCAAGAACAAGACAAACAUGAACUACGACAAACUGAGCAGAGCUCUGAGAUACUACUACGACAAGAACAUCAUCAAGAAAGUGAUUGGGCAGAAGUUUGUGUACAAGUUCGUCUCUUUCCCGGAUAUCCUGAAAAUGGACCCUCACGCCGUAGAGAUCAGCCGGGAGAGCCUCCUGCUGCAGGACAGUGACUGUAAGGUGUCCCCGGAAGGCCGAGAGGGCCACAAACACGGCUUGUCCUCCCUCAAGAGCGUAAGCCGCAACGAGUACAUUCACUCUGGCCUAUACUCGUCCUUCACCAUCAACUCUCUGCAGAACACUCCAGAGGCCUUCAAGGCCAUCAAGACGGAGAAGCUGGAGGAGCCUUGUGACGACAGCCCCCCUGUGGAAGAAGUCAGGACUGUGAUCAGGUUUGUGACCAAUAAAACCGACAAGCACAUCACCAGGCCUGUGGUGUCCCUGCCUUCCACAUCUGAGGCCGCGGCGGCGUCCGCUUUCCUGGCCUCGUCUGUCUCAGCCAAGAUCUCCUCUUUAAUGUUGCCAAAUGCUGCCAGCGUUUCGUCUGUGUCGCCUUCUUCAUCUCGGUCCCCGUCCCUGUCCCCCGACUCUCCCCUCCCUUCUGAACAUAGAAGCCUCUUCCUGGAGGCAGCCUGCCAUGACCCGGAUUCUCUGGAGCCCCUAAAUCUGUCAUCGGGCUCCAAAAACAAGUCUCCAUCUCUUCCCCCAAAAGGCAAAAAACCCAAAGGCUUGGAAAUCUCUGCACCCCAACUGUUGCUUUCCGGCACCGACAUCGGCUCCAUCGCCCUCAACAGCCCAGCCCUCCCCUCCGGAUCUCUCACUCCAGCCUUCUUCACAGCACAGACACCAAGCGGACUGCUUCUGACUCCGAGCCCGCUCCUUCCCAGCAUACACUUCUGGAGCAGCCUUAGUCCGGUCGCCCCACUGAGUCCCGCCAGGCUGCAGGGGCCAAACACUCUUUUCCAGUUCCCCACACUGCUCAACGGUCACAUGCCCGUGCCGCUCCCCAGUCUGGACAGAGCUCCGUCCCCAGUACUGCUGUCUUCCAGCUCUCAGAAGUCCUGAUGACGGCCGCCACCGCCACCUCUGUCAGCCACAAAGGACUCAGAACUGAUGACGCCAGUUCAUCCCCAUGGGCUAGUUUACCUGUGUCAUGAGGACAUUGUGAAACCCGGUCAAUUUGGUUUGCACUUUUCGUAACACGGAUAAUCUAGAUGUAUGUUAGCAUUUUAAAAAGUUUUGUUUUUUUAUAUAUAUAUAUAUUCAGCUCUCUAUGGAAGUCUGUUUUGCAUUAAGCAGAUUUUAAUGUUUGUGUGUAUGUGUCUUUUUUUUUAAUUCUGUUAGCUCUGGAGUGUUGAACACUGACAGUGAAGGGCCUUUCUUAAUGUUUUCAAUGUAACUAAUAAGGAUGUGAAGCUUUUUCUCGCUUUAAUUCUACAUACGCUGAACUCUGCUUGUAUACACGAUAUAGCCAGCUGUGCCUUUCUUUGCAUUUAGUUUUAUGUACAUGAAUUUAUGUAUUUCUAGUAUCGAGAGGCAAUGUUUGAAGGACACAUUAGCAUCAAACAGCUCUCUGUAGAGUGUCAUUUUCUCACGUAGACACCAUCAAAGUGUACUUCCAUCACAGUAAGAACUGCCUUAGGACUUCUUUUGAACUGAAAUCCAGAAAAUGUAAUGUCCAAGUAAUGUUUUUUAUAAGAAUGAACGAAGCCAUAUUUAGACAAUAAACAUUCUUUAAAGAA